AUGAUUUUUUUGAGGUCGUUCACUAAAUUAACACUGUCAUCAUUCCGGUUAAAUAAUAAAAUCAGUAAACGUAUUUAUUUCGAGAAAUUCGUCAGCAGCACAUCUUCACUAAAAUUUUCAGCAGCUCCAUCAUCAUCAUCAUCAUCAUCAUCAGAUGCUAACAAUGCCGACGUGAGGAGCGCCACAAAGCCUCACCUCAACAUCGGCACAAUUGGCCACAUUGAUCACGGAAAGACAACACUCACGUCUGCUAUCACUAAAGUCCUGGAAAGAGAUGGAUUAACAAAAUACCUGGCCUAUGAUCAGAUUGACAAGGCUCCGGAAGAGAAGGCUCGAGGAAUAACAAUCAAUGCCUGCCAUGUCGAAUACUCAACCAAAACUCGCCACUACGCCCACACAGACUGCCCUGGUCACAUCGACUUCAUCAAAAACAUGAUCAUGGGAACAUCACAAAUGGAUGGAGCAAUAUUAGUGGUAGCUGCAACAGAUGGUGUCAUGCCUCAGACAAGAGAACACCUCCUAUUGGCUAGGCAGAUUGGUGUCAAGGACAUUGUGGUAUUUGUAAAUAAGGCUGACGUUGUUGAUAAAGAAACCAUUGAGCUGGUUCAGUUAGAGAUUGCUGAAUUGCUUAAUGAAAUGGGGUAUGAUGAUUCCAAAGUGCCCUUCAUCUUUGGGUCAGCCCUCAGUGCCCUGGAAAACAAGAAUCCUGAAAUUGGAGAGAAGUCAAUUAGGCAGCUGAUGGAAGCCCUCGAUUCUCAUAUAAAGGUUCCAGAGAGAAUUUCAGAGGGUACAUUCCUAAUGCCAAUCAACAGUGCAUUUACUGUGCAAGGGAGAGGGACUGUAGUGGUGGGCACCGUCAGAAGGGGUACUCUGAACAAGGGUGACCAAAUUUUUGUCGUUGGCUUCGGUAAUGAAAUCAGAUCUGUGGCUUCCGACUUGCAGAUUUUCAAGAAAUCAGUCCCCACAGCCGUUGCAGGUGACAAUGUGGGCAUCCUUCUAAGGGGCAUCAAGAAAGAAUUAGUAGACAGGGGUAUGUUCGUUUUCGGAGCCGUGAGCAGUCGCGAACCGCCCACCCAGGUUGAGGCCUUUAUCGGUCGUAUAUACGUGCAGAAAAGGUCAGAAGGCGGGCGUUCCAAGCCCAUCACGACGGGGUACAAUGGAAAUAUAUUUGUCGACACUUGGAAUAUUGCUUGCCAGGUAAAUUUGCUGGACGGAGAUGAAGAAGAUAGCGCUGACGAUGAUGGUUACGGUUGUUUUGUGGGUGAUUUUGAAGCUAGAGAUCAUAGUAAUGAUGUUUAUGAAAUGAAGAAUGAAGAAGCAAUCAACGAGCAACAGCAUUCGCCACUAACAAAUCAACUACAGCCAUCAAAAUCACAAACACACGCAGUAAGUCCAAGCGAAGAUGACGCGCAAUCCUCUCACAAGAACUCGACAACGACCCCACAGAGUAGAAACGUUACUCAAGCCACCCCAGAAAACGAGGCCACCCACAAGUCCAUGGCAAUGCCCGGUGACAUCACAAUUGCCAAAAUAUACCUCAGAAAACCCAUGGUUCUGAAAGAGGGUCAAAGGUUUUUCAUCAGGGAGGCAACGAUGACCACUGUAACUGGAAUCGUUACGAGGGUUCUACCGCGGGAGAGGGUGGAAAUUAAGGGGUUCAAUUGGGAGCCCCCGAAACGCCCCACCUUUGUGGGCAAUGCCUCGACGGUUAUGAGGAAGAGGAGGAAGAGGAUGGAAGAGAAGUGA